AUGCAGUUCUUCAUCAAGACCCUCGCGGGCAGGACGAUCACUGUCAAGGUCGAUCCAGGGGACACCAUCUAUAUUGUCAAGGCGAAGAUUCAGGAUCAACAGCGGCUUAUGUUUGGCAGGGAGGAGCUGGAGGAUGGGUUAACUCUGGCUGAUUACGACAUUGACGAUGAAUGCACCCUUCACUUUGAUCUGCGGCCCCAGAGAAGGAAGAUGCUAAUCAUAAUUAAAACGUUGACAGGCAAGAUCUUCGCUCUUGAGGUCGAUAACUUGGAAACAGUCGACAGUGUCAAGGCUAAGAUACAAGUUGACGAGGGCAUUCCUGUGGACCAGCAUAGGCUCAUCUUUGCUGGGAAACAGAUGGAAGACUUUCGCACCCUGGGGAUCACCUGGUGCUCCGCCUGCGUGCCUGACUAG